AUGAGGUAUUUAUUUAAAAUGAAUUUAGUGUUUUUUCAAAAAAAUUGUGCUUUUACACACUUAAAUUGGAUUUUUUUCUAAUUUAUCUUUCAAGAAAGUCAAGCUAUUUGAGCUUUAUCUAAUUGCAAUAUUUCAUUUAAAGAAACAUUAGAUUUAUUUAUUACACAGAAAUAAGAGCCGUAUAGGUGGAGGAACCAUUAUCUAGUUAUCCUAUCCUAAAAUUUAGCAUCUUUUAAUCUUAUGUCAUUUUUCAGCAUACUCUGGAAUUAAUUAAGAAUAGACUUGUCUUAGAUUAAAGUGGGUUUCGAUAUUUUUACACUUUCUUUUGUUUUUGUUCCUGA